AUGUCCAUCACCACAGACCAAGCAAUUCAGUCACCAUUGCUCCUGGUGUCAAGUCUCUUUGAGACUUUUAUCCAACAGCCGAAUGCAUCGCCAGCAGAAUUUGAUCCUUCAACAAUAUUCAGCAAACUAUUCGAGACCACAGAACAAAGAAGACAGAUUCCAUCUAUAAACGACGUUUCUGUACAACAUGUGCCUAAAAAUACUCUAGUUCGUUUUAGAUGCAUGGUUCAAGAUACAGGACUUGGUCAGGAAAUGUUCGUUACAGCUUACAACAAACAUGACCACGAGACAGGAGCAGAAAAGAUCCUGUGCUACAGAUACACGGAUGAUAGCAUGGACAUAGAGCAGAACGGCUGUAGCUUCGAUAGCGUCCCAAAUGAAUAUUUGAGUGAGAGAACCAAUGUAUAUUGUGUAUCCCCACCUGGUGAAACACCAUGGGCCAAAACAACACAUGGUAGUUUAGAUCUUAGCCAUGCCCUGAAUCAACUCAACAUUCAGGAUGCUUUAAAGGAACCUGUGAAUGGUACAUCCAAAAAGUAUCCUCUUCCUGGGCACGAGCAUGUUUCAGCACUAGUAAAAUUCUAUGAUUCAGGAGAUUCUCUUCGAGUAGGCCAGCUGAUCGAAGUCAUUGGAGUCCUCGGACACCCAGUUUCUUCAGACGGAUCCACAGAAGACUUUGAAACACACAUGGCUACUCUCACAAAUACUCCAGUUCUCCAUGCUAUCACUUACAGAUCCCUUGAAAACGGAUCUCAUGGAUUAUUUAAACCCGAAAAUCUGAUCAAUGCCUCUGUCCAGGCACGCGAUAUCAGAGCAAAGUUGGUGGAUUAUAUUGCAACGGCAUUCGGCGGUGAUAAACUGGUGGCAGAGUAUGUCGUACUGCAAUUGCUUUCAAGAGUAACCGUCAAGAAUAGAGGCGUAAAGCUUGGCCAAUUCAGUCUCAACAUUUCAAAGUUCCCAGCAUCCGAGCUUGGUUUGCAAAAUGAAAAGUCAUUGGAAAUGAAACUCGACAGCCCUGCAAGCAAGCAUGUUGCUUUUAUCCUUUCCAAUCUUACUCAAAGAUGCGUUGAGAUGCCCUUGAGCCUGGAAAUCCUUAAUAAAUCCUCUUUUAAUCCCAGAAGUGUAGACGAGCAAUUGAAUGCUGGUGUUCUUCAGCUCCCAAAUGAUACACUACUGCUGGUGGACGAGACAGUACUCUCGGAAGGAACAUUAGAUGAUACAGGUGUUCGUAACAUCCAAGCAUUGAUGAAUGUUAUUCACACCCAAAGUCUGAAUUAUAUGUUCCCUUACAGUCAAUUUGAACUCGAUACCAAUCUUGGUGUUAUUAGCUUAUCUUCUACAAAAUCAAUGCUGCCUAACCACUGCACUGUACCCCUCCAAGCCAGAUUUGCACUUACGGAUGGAAAUUUGAAGGAUACUAUGCAAUAUUCUAAUGAGACAUUAGAUAUGUUCAGGGCAUAUAUUGAAUCAGCAAAACAUGGUGAAUACGAGAUUCCAGACGAUGUUUCUGAAUAUAUUCAAGAGGAAUUUGUCAAUGAACGCAAGAGAGCUGCUGAAAAUGGUACCACACUUCCGUCUCAGGAAGACUUGAUGGCUCGUAUGAGUAUCUCUAGAUUGGUGGCUCUGUCGUUUGGGGAGCGCUACCUGACCAAAGACACAUUUAACUAUGCUGUGAGCCUUGAUGAGCAGCGUAAGGGUAGAGAUGCUGGUCAUGAGAUGCCCGGGAAGUAAAAACAAGUCACUAUAUGACAAUUCGAUAAUAAUAAAAGCGAGUAUCUCAAGUUAGCAUGCG